GCUUGGUGGAUGUACCUAAUCCGCCUACCAACCCUCGUUGAUACAGAUACAGUACACCCAUUCCUAGCAACCCGCUAGAAGAAAAUAGCAACCGGCGCCUGAUUUUUUACAUACCACGAUUUUAAAAAGUCGUACGUAGGUAGGACAGCGCCACACACACGAACACGCAGUCAAAUUUGGAGACGGGUUCAUCAUAUCAAGAAGGCUACCAUCCUUCUUUUCUAAUUAUCCCAACUUCUUGAAACCCUCUUCCUUCCGGAUACCACCAGCACACAGUGUUGGCUUAAUAAGUCUUCAAAGGCGUUUCUAAUAAAUUCCCGGGGAGUCCCGCGCGAAGCUACUGUACCUUGUUCCGUGCAAGGAUAGGUGCUCUUAUCACAAAGUACCUACAUACGUUCAGCGGCAGGUUGGAACCCAGAAAAGCACAUAGAAAAUCCGAGCUUUCCCAAAUCAAACCAAAUCAAACCCACGGCGCCUCGAGAUAAGGUAAAGACCGCCAUAUUUCCACAGGAUUACCUCCCACGAUCGCUUCCUUGCAUAUCAUAAUCGAAGGACGAUCCACUCUACCGUCACCUCCAGCUUCUCGGACUCCACCAUCAGCCUGUCCUUUCCAGGUUCUUUCCAGGGAUCUACGGCGAUAAAACACAGGCCUCUGUCCGUUUUAGACAAGAUGGCGUCUACAAGCUACAAUCCUCACCCAUUGCCUGCACCGCCGCAGCAAGGGCAAUAUCACAACGAAUCCUACCAACAGCCCGUUCCCCCACAGCAAAGCUAUCUACAACAACAACGACAGCAACGCCAGCAACAAGCGCCGCCGUUACAGCCUCCCGAGUCGCAGAAAUCCGAGCGGGUCCGACCGAAGUCGAGGGCUUUCAGUUUCCGAUCGGAUAAGAGCCAGAAGAGCGCGAAUAACUCGCAUCACAAGGCUGACCUUUCCGAGACGCACAUAGAGAAGGAGGCCAGAAGACUUCACGGCAGUACCGACCCUACGUUUGCGCUGACUGAGUCGGAACCAGCUAUGGAUGCGCAGUCUAAGGGAGGUUUUGGACAGGCUCCUUUGCGAUCUUUUCAACACAAGGACAUUUGGGGCAAUCCAAUUGUUGAUCCCGAUCGAUCGAACCCCACUCGAAGUCGAUUAGAGAGGCCCCUCGACACAAUUCGAGCAUUCGAGGCCGCUAUCGAUGGCGGAUACAACCGCAAUUCUAUUCUCAGAUCAGAUUCAGAGUCGGUAGCGAAUUGGAGCAGACGAGGAAGCUAUUACGGAAACAACCAACCCCGUUUCCCUCAAGAGAGCUAUUAUGGAGGGCGACCAAAUUCUGCGUUCCGACCGGAAAGUAUGAUGAUGGAUCCCAGACAAUCUGUGAUGAACGGUCCGCGAGAGGGCUAUUCCGAAGGGAUCGAUGGUGGCCAGUACGGUCGCAACAAUGCAGCGCCGAGAACUAGGUAUUCGCGGAUGCAGUCGGAUCCGUAUACGAAUGGCAAUGGACGUGGGGUUCCCGAUAAGAAUGUUUACCCCAUGCCAAACAACCAUCGAUCCUAUGAGACGGUUGCGUCUGGUUCUGGUAGUGGCAGUCUAGGCGAGCCGAAUGGAUAUCAGACAGACCCGACAAGCGACAACAGUUCGAUCGAUCGUCGCUCACCACCCAAGCGUCAGGAGCCUAUCAAUGACUACGGUAUCAGCUUCGGUCAAGCACCGACAACUCCAAGUCUUGGCCUAGGUGGAGCGCCGCCCGUUCCGCAAAAGGGCAACGGAACCAUAUUAAGAAAGCCUUCCAAAGCCGCAGUGCCUAAGGAGCAGUCGGAAUCGCGUCCUGGAGUGGAGAAGCGGAAGAGUUGGUUCAAACGAUUUAGUAAAUCCUGAGUCUACUAAGCGAGGGCGAAUCGGCGGCGUAUGCGAUGAAUUGUUUUCACACCACUUACCUCUUGAGAUACCCCUAUCUCUAUUUCGACAUUCUCAUCGAUUCCUUGUUUCAUACACAAACGGGACAUCAUCCUAGGCGACAGCUUUUUGGACGAUUUAUCAUUGGACCGGAUACCACCAAGAGAUUC